AUGAAUCUCAGAUUCAUCACUGCCAUGUCCGUCAUUGGUGCAUCAUUGAAUCAAACCUUUGGUACAGUGAUCAACACUCUCAAAAGCAAAGAGGUAGUCCAACCAGGUCAAGCUCCUUUGGCCAAUCAUGUAGACAUGACUGAGUGUUCCAAUUGUGACAAAUGUAAAAGUGCCUACAAUCACUGCCUAGAAUGUAUACCGUUGGGAAAACAUGGGUCCUCAAAGUAG